CUGUACGUAAAGCACGUGAUAUUGAAACUACAUAUACUCCAAUGUUUCAAUAUGAUUACCAUCGUCCUAUUGAUAAUCAAGAUUUUGGUGAGGCAAGAUCAAAACGUUUCGCUGAAAUGGAAAAAUAUACACAUUUUAAAGCAAUCUAUUUUGGAGCUGAAAUCUUAUGUGAAGAUGAUAUCGUGCGAUUAAUUCCUAAAAAGAAUACUCGAAGUGAAAAAGAUGUAAUGUCUUCAAAAGGUCGUAGUUCAUAUUUACAAAUUACUAGUAUUUAUAAACAUCCAAAAAAAGGUAUUCAUUUAACGGGCGAUAUGUAUAAUCGAGGAAACUUAUUAGAAAAUAAUAAAUAUCAGUGGUAUCCGAUGAAUGAAGAUUACGAAGAGUAUAAUAUAGAUUUAUCUGAAGUCGCUGGUCGAUUUUAUUCAAUAUGGCCAGAUCACUCAGAAAUUAUGCCUUGCAAAACUGCCAAUAUUUUACAAGAAAGACAAAGAAUGACUG